UGCCCCAACUAGGAAGACCGUCAAUCGGGCUCGUGAAUACCGCCGGAACCGGAUCGAGUGGACGAGGGAUUGAUUGAUGGGUCGAUUAGAUCUGGGUCACGAGCUGAAGCUGACAGAGAGAGAGAGAGAGAGAGAAAGAGAGAGAGAGAGAGAGAGACGGAGUGGAUGAGCUGAGGCAACGACGACCCAUUUGCGAGUUUCGUGCUUUGCCAGUCUGUUCCAUCGGUGGAGAAGGAGAAGAAGAAAAAGGAAAAGGGGAGAAGUGAAAGCGAAGCAGAGGGCCAUUGACUCUUGGACUGAGACGGGAGCUUCCUGUUAGAUCUGGUCACUUAACCCUCUCAGGUAGCUAGCACCAUCCACGUAUCUUUGUCCUUUUCGUUGGGCCGCCGCCUUUCACUUCUGUACUGGAACUGUGGUUGUUUGGACUUUGGAGCUUAUCUCUUCCUCAUUGGGUCGUGAAUUCAAUCACUUCCGAUCGAAAAUUUGCCCUCUCCUGCUGUGCUAAACGGGUAUCGUAGAUUCGUGUCCAUUUCUCUUGCUGACUUCUUAGAAGGGUCACCUCGGCAGAUGAUAUAGAGAUGGGGAGAAAAGGAAGCUGGUUUUCUUCCGUAAAGAAGGCACUCAGCCCCGAAUCAAAGGAGAAAUCGGGUAAAUCAAAGAAGAAAUGGUUUGGGAAGGAAAAGCAUGUGGCUACCCAUUCGGGUCAUACUGAAGCUGCCCCAGAACCGACUCUGCCUCCCCCUUCUCAUCCUCAUCAAAAUGUGGAGGAUGUGACACUGAUCAAUGAGCACAAGGAAGAGACCAAGGAUGUCUCGGCUUUGACUAAUGUGGCCGUUGAAUCAGUUGCUCAGACUGCCACAGAGGUUUUAACCGUCAGCACAGUUAGUCGGUUUGCUGGAAAAUCCAAAGAAGAGAUUGCAGCCAUAAGGAUUCAGACAGCAUUCCGAGGUUACCAGGCAAGAAGGGCAUUGAGAGCACUGAGAGGACUUGUCAGGUUGAAGUCGUUGAUCGAAGGGCCAGCAGUGAAACGCCAAGUCAACAAUACAAUGAAGUGCAUGCAGACUCUUGCUCGCUUGCAGUCUCAAAUCCAUUCUAGGAGGCUGAGAAUGUCGGAGGAGAAUCAGGCUCUUCAGAGACAGCUAUUGCAGAAUCGAGCAAAGGAGCUUGAGUUGAAAAUUGUGGAGGAAUGGGAUGACAGUCUACAGUCCAAGGAACAGAUUGAGGCGAGCCUACUGAAGAAGUUCGAGGCUACCAUGAGAAGGGAAAGAGCCCUUGCCUAUUCAUUUACCCAUCAGCAAACUUGGAAGAACCAAUCCAAAUUGAUGAAUCCGAUGUUCCUUGACCCGAGCAAUCCUGCAUGGGGCUGGAGCUGGUUGGAGAGGUGGAUGGCUGCUCGGCCCUGGGAGAAAGACACAGUCAAUGAACAGUCGUCCACAAAGAGCACGGGCGUCAACAUUGCAGGAGAAAUCAGCAAAUCAUACGCCCGCUAUCAGCUAAAUUCCGACAAGAACAAUUCUCCAACUGCGAGCCAAAAGUCUACGCACUUCAACAGUUUCCCAUCCCCAUCAGCACCUGCCAAGCCAACUCCACCAUCAGGCCCUCGUAAUAAGCUGAAGCCCAGCAACAGCCCUAGGUCGAGCAUGGGAGGCCCUGAGGACGAUUCUAAGAGUAUGCUCAGCGUCCAGUCAGAGCAGACUCGAAGGCAUAGCAUCGGGGUGGCUUCUUCUGUUCGGGAUGAUGAGAGCCUUGCGAGCUCGCCUUCUGUCCCAAGCUACAUGGUGGCAACGCAAUCUGCCAGGGCCAAGUCUAGGCUCCAGAGUCCAUUGGGGCCUGACAGCAAUGGAAAGCCCGAGAAAGUAUCCCCAGUAAUUGCAAAGAAGAGGCUCUCUUAUCCUCCCUCUCCUGGUAGGCCUAGACGGCAUUCGGGUCCUCCAAAGGUGAACACGAGCAUCAUCUCAGAGAACAGUGUGACGAGCGGAGUUGCCACUUAAAACUGCCCUUCGAUGGAGCUAUAUCAGAGUCGAGGUAUUAGAGCCUAUCCGGUGUCUUACGAGAAGAAAGAAGAUGGCCCCUUGGAAGCAACAAAAUCGACUCCCUCACUCAUUGCUGGAGACUGUUCGUUUUCUCGCUUGCUCGCAUUUGAUUGUCAGCAUACAUUUUGUUAUAUCUUUGGCUUCUCUUCCCAUAGUGAUUCAGGUUCGUACAUGAGAUCAGGAUAACAUUGCGUCCGCUGUCCGGCCACUUUUUCCAUGUCAAAUUGAUUGCAUUGUCGACAACUACUAGAAAGAGUGCUUGUAAUAUUAUGUCUUCGAUUCCACGUACUCAUUUUUCUUAUUGUAAGAUUGAUUUUUUUAUUUUUUUUCGGUUACAAGAGAGACAUGAGUGAAGAUGUUCUUUUAUUAUUUGAAAUCCUUAUAUAAAUAGUCUAAAGCUUUUACCCA